AUGGCCUCUCGUCCAACUGUCUCCAUCGCCACGGCGGAGGGCAAGCCCAGCGGCUCUACCCACCCGCUCCCAACGGUUUUCCUUGCGCCCAUCCGUCCCGACAUUGUCCAGUCCGUACACACCGGUGUCGCAAAGAACAAGAGACAACCAUAUGCCGUGAGCGAGAAGGCCGGUGAACAGACUUCCGCCGAGUCAUGGGGUACCGGUCGUGCUGUUGCACGUAUCCCCCGUGUCUCCGGUGGUGGUACUCACCGUGCUGGUCAGGCUGCGUUCGGUAACAUGUGUCGUUCCGGACGAAUGUUCGCACCCACCAAGGUCUGGCGCAAGUGGCAUCAGAAGAUCAACGUUGGACAGAAGCGAUUCGCUACCGCCUCCGCCCUCGCUGCUUCUUCCGUUCCCGCCCUUCUUUUCGCACGUGGCCACCGUGUCGAGAGCGUCCCAGAAGUCCCACUCGUCGUUGACUCCAAGGCCUUCGAGGGUGAUGCUAUCACCAAGACCAAGGCUGCCGUCGCCCUUCUCCAGGCCGUUGGUGCCGGUGCUGACCUCGUCAAGGUCAAGGAGUCCCGCAAAGUCCGUGCUGGUAAGGGUAAGCUGAGAGGCCGCCGAUACCGCCAACGCCGUGGACCCCUUGUCGUCUACAACCCAGAUGUCGAUGGCAAGGAACUCGUCAAGGCCUUCCGCAACAUCCCCGGUGUUGAAACCUCUUCCGUUUUCGCUCUCAACCUCCUCCAGCUCGCCCCAGGUGGCCAUCUCGGACGCUUCAUCGUCUGGACCUCCUCUGCCUUCAGCGCUCUCGACGAGAUCUACGGCACCACCACCACCCCAUCCGCCCUCAAGAGAGACUUCCUCCUCCCCUCCAACAUCGUCUCCAACGCCGACAUCACCCGUCUCAUCAACUCUUCCGAAGUCCAGUCCGUCCUCAGGGAACCCAGAGGCGAGGCCAAGACCAAGAGAGGAUGCGUCCAGAAGAAGAACCCUCUCAACAACAAGCAGGUCCUUCUCAGACUCAACCCAUACGCUGCUGCUUUCUCGAAACAGAAGCUGGGUCAAUUGGCCAUCAAGACCGACAAAGCGCCAGAGCGUGCUCCUGAGGAUUUCCACAAUCUCAUCAACGAGGCUUAG